AUGUGGCUGCUGAUACAAAUGCUGCUUCUGCUUGUGGUGUAUGAAGUACAUAGUACGAAGUGCACGGGGGACAAUUCUCCUCAGAUUCCACAUCAGUGGCAUCAGCCAGGUGAACUCCUAAUUGGUGGAAUUUGUUUGGCAGUGUGGCUGCUGAUAAAGAUGCUGCUUCUGCACGUGGUGUAUGAAGUACAUAGUACGAAGUGCACAGGGAACAUUUCUCCUCAGAUUCCACAUCAGUGGUAUCAGCCAGGUGAAAUCCUAAUUGGUGGAAUUGUUACUCAUUUUGGUUGUUCUUCCCAAGAAGUUCCUUUUCAACGGCACCCCUACCAUGAUGAUACAUGUUAUCCAACCCUGACAACAAAGUACUACCAGCAUAUCGUUGCCUUGGUGUUUGCCAUCCAUGAGAUCAACAAGAACCCCAACAUCUUGCCCAAUGUCACUCUUGGGUUCCACAUCCAUGACUCCACUACAGACCAAAAAUGGACAUUCAGGACUACCUUGGAUCUGCUUUUCACAUCACUUGAACUCGUCCCCAACUACAAAUGUGGCACCCAGAAAAAAGUGAUGGGCGUCAUUGGGGGACUUAGUUUUGAAAUCUCAUCAAACAUGGCAACUCUCUUAAGUCGUUACAAGAUCCCACAGUUUUCAUUUGGCUCAUUUGAAUCAGAAGUGGAUAACCCAACCAGUCUCCCUACCUUUUACCGCACGGUCCCCCAGGAAGCCCUUCAGUAUGAGGGAAUUGUCCAACUACUUCUAUAUUUUGGUUGGAAAUGGGUUGGGCUCAUCACUCUGAAGGAUGAAGGGGGAGACCGUUUCUUGCAAGCAUUGGAACCGAUGCUUUCCAGGAAUGGAAUCUGUGUGGCCUUCACAGAAAAAGCUACAGGACAGAUCCAUUGGGAUGACAUACAUUUUAUGUUGAAAUAUCUUGACAGAAGAAAUACAGAUUUCCUGGAUAGCAAAGCCAAUGCAAUUGUUGUACAUGGGGAAACUACAGCAUUUCUCUGGCUGGUGACCAUUAUCUUUAUUCCCACAUUUUUAGUGAAUUUUACAGAUUUGGAUUAUGUGGAGAGAAUCUCUACAGGAAAACUCCACGCCCGUCUUCAGAGAAUUGCUUUCAACAACAGUGCUGGAGAUGAAGUAACCUUUAACGAACAUGGAGAAUUGAAAGGUGGAUUUGAUAUUAUCAACUUGGUCACUUUUCCAAAUAAGUCCUAUGUCAGAGUCAAGAUCGGGAGGUUGGAUCCUCAGGUUCCGCUCAAUAAAAGAGUUAUCUUCAAUGAAGACAGAAUUAAGUGGAACAGACACCUCACACAGCUACCUCCCUUAUCUUUGUGUACUAACUACUGCAAGCCUGGUUACAGCAAGAAAAAGAAGGAAGGGGAGCCAUUCUGCUGCUACGAUUGUGAUCCAUGUCCAGAGGGGAAAAUUUCAGAGAAAGAGGACAUGGAUUCUUGCAUGCCUUGCUCUGAAGGUCAUUAUCCAAACCUGGCACAAGAUCAAUGCAUUCCCAAGAUUCCAAAUUUCCUUUCCUUUUCUGAACCCUUGAGCAUAAUUUUAGCCUUUUUGGCUCUCUCCUUUUCUCUGAUCACAGCCCUGGUGCUCGCAAUCUUUAUCAAGUACAAGGACACCCCCAUCGUUAAAGCCAACAACCGGAGCCUCACCUACUGUCUACUCAUCUCUCUCCUCCUAUGCUUCCUCUGCUCCUUGCUCUUUCUCGGACAGCCUAACAAGGUGACCUGCCUCCUCCGACAAACGACAUUUGGCAUCGUCUUCUCAGUUGCUGUUUCUUCUGUCUUGGCAAAAACUUUCACAGUCAUUCUGGCAUUUAUGGCCUCUAGGCCAGGAAACAUUUUUCGAAAGUGGGUGGGGAAACAAUUGGCAUAUUACAUUGUUAUCUCUUGCUUCUUUGUUCAAGUUGGCAUAUGUGCUGUUUGGUUGGCAUCUUCUCCUCCCUUCCCAGAUGUGGACAUGCAUUCACUCAGUAGAGAAAUCAUAGUACAAUGCAAUGAAGGGUCAGCCACCAUGUUUUACUGUGUCUUGGGCUACAUGGCCUUACUGGCCUUAGUCUGCUUCACUGUGGCUUUCCUCGCCAGAAAGUUGCCCGACAGUUUCAACGAAGCCAAGUUCAUCACCUUCAGCAUGUUGGUCUUCUGCAGUGUUUGGCUGUCUUUUGUCCCCACCUACCUGAGCACUCAAGGAAAAGACAUGGUGGCCAUGGAGAUCUUCUCCAUCUUCACUUCUAGUGCUGGCUUACUAGGCUGCAUCUUUUCCCCCAAAUGCUAUGUCAUUAUCCUGAGGCCUGAGUUGAACAGAAAAGAACAGCUGAUCAGGAAAAAAGCAUUAAACCAGGAUGGUCAAACAUAA